AUGCCGACCACCACCACCACCACCCUCUCGACCGCCCUGACGUUCUCGGUCUCACUGCAACUCUCCAUAGAGCCACUGGCCUUGCCAACGCCAACCUCUCCCGCUGUCCGCCCCUUCUCGGUCACCCUCUCCACCCAUGGCUCGCCAGCAGCCAACGCCCCGCUCCUCGCCCCGACCGUCGAUGGGGCCAUGCUCCGCUGCGCAUGGCCCGCCCCGCUCGAGAUCACCACAAAGAUGCUGCUGGCAAAGGACGGCCGCUCCCUGAGGGCAAAGCCGGCCCGCAUCUCAUUGAUGCAGGCCAAGAAGAUCGGCUCGCGGAGAAUCCGCCCGGUCGCCGUCGCAGACAUCGAUCUCGCCGCCUACCAUUCUGCACCGGCUCGCGAUCUGGUCUUGCCCAUGGUCCUGACGGGCGCCGGGAGCAAGGUGUUUGCCUCGGUCCAGGCCGUCAUUUCUGUUGCUGUUACUGACGCGCCUGACGACGACAACAGCGUGGUCGAUGGCAGGGCCGGCCCGCGGUCGCGCGAGGAGCUUCUCUGUGCGCCGCACGCACUCAUUGUGGCGACGACAAAGCCCGGCGUCCUUGUCGAGACCAUCAUCGAAGGCCGCCAUCAGAAGGCUACGCCCGGCGGAGGAAGCGGCAAGGACAAAGCCAAGGCCAAGGGCAAAGCCAAGGCGCCGUCGACGGUUGUUGAGCUGGCAACCGUCGAUCCGGCGAGUCUGCCCAUGGGCGACGUGUUUGUUGACGCUGCACCGCGGACCGGCUUUGCCGGCAUCGUUGUCCUCGGCUCGUCACUUGCUAUCUUCCUCUUUGCUGUCUCGUCGUACGAGCAGCUGAUGGAGGCGCUGCGACAGGCGACGUUCUCAACCUCGAUGUUCCGCUUUGCGGGCGUCCACCUCUCGGGCCGCAUUCCGGGCCUUGCGCUUGAACCAGUCCGCGAAGCUGCGCUUCUUGUUCCGCUCUCGAUCAAUGGCCGCAUCGGUGAGCUCUCGCGGCGAAUGCUUGGCCUCGCCUCGCCGCCGCUGGCCGACGAGCAAGCGCGGCUGUUUGGCGCGCGGCUUCUUGCGCUGCAGACACUGAGCAACGGCUUUCCGAUCAGCAUCAACGACGCCGACGUCGCUGCCUACGCCGCUGCCCUCCCCGACUACCGCCGUGUCGACGCCGAGCGCUGGGCAUCGGCCGCAGCGCGGCGCGAAAACAUGUCGCGCGACGACCUGGUCGCCGAGGCCGCCGCCGCCGGCGCCACCGCCGCCGCCGCCGUUGCCCACGCAGCCCAGCUCGCAGCCUCGCUCACGGCGGCCGACUCACGGAUGGAGACUGCCGAGCUCUCUGUCCGCGCCCUCCGCGCCACGCUCACCAACGAGCGCGACGAGCGUGCUGCUGAGGCCGCCGCCGCCGACGCCCGGGAAGCUAAGCUCAACGUUGCUAUCGACGAGGCCCACGCCGCACUUGAUCGCGAGCGUGCCGCCCGCACCGCCCUUGCUGCCGAAAACACCGCCCUUGCCGCCGAGCUCGAAGCCACCCAACUCGAGCUGGCUCAGCUCAAGGCCGAUUUUGCCAACCAGAGCGUCAAGCUCGCCGACACUGCCUACCGCGCCGAGCAAGCCGAGCUUGUUGCCCGAUCCCGCCGGGCGUAG